UGCAGCGAUGAUAAAAUAAGGUUCACGUAUGUAAGACAUGGGUCUCCUUGAUCUAAUUAGAGCGCAGAGACAGAGGAGCAAAAAGAUGGCCGACUUUCUUUUGCAAAAGGCCACCUCUGCUCUCGGUGAAACUGCCAAGACCGAUGUCGUGAAGGAUGCAGUCGACAAUGUGGUGUCAAGAGGCAUAGAUGGAGCCAAAUCGCUGGUGCACAAUUUGGAAGAGAAGAAAGGUGAAGUCUCCUCCAAAAUCGUGGGAGCUGUUACACACUUUACCGGCAGUGCGGACAAUCAGCCACUCCUAGCGGCAGGUGACCGUGAGGUCGAGACGCCCUGGUGGAAGAACUGUUGUGAAGUUCUUGAUCUUCUCAAGGCAUCAUCAUCAUCAUCCUCUACUACAUGAAGACCAACUCCCAAGUAAAGAAUAGAGAAGUGAAAUAUAUCCCACCCAGUUUUUCAAACUAUGUUCUGAGUAUUUCAUUCCGUUUUCUUGAGAGUGAUUUCAGAUUGUG